AUGGAAGUACCAGAUGGAGGAUUGUCAAGAUAUCAAAAGUUAGAGAAACUUGGUGAAGGUACCUACGGUAAGGUAUACAAAGCCAAAGAGAAGAGUACCGGUAAGACCGUUGCACUCAAAAAGAUACGUUUAGAGGAUGACGGUGUACCAAGUACUGCCUUACGUGAGAUCUCAUUGCUCAAGGAACUUCAACACCCAAAUGUUGUUUGUUUGUAUGAUGUAUUACAUUGUGCCAAUAGAUUAUAUUUAGUGUUUGAAUUCCUCGACCAAGAUUUAAAGAAGUAUAUGGAUUCAGUUCAAGCAAUGAACCCACAACUUAUAAAGUCAUAUCUCUACCAAAUUCUGAAAGGAUUGGCUUUUUCACAUAGUCAAAGAAUUUUACAUCGUGAUUUGAAGCCACAGAAUCUUUUGAUUGAUCGUAUGGGUUCCAUCAAAUUGGCCGAUUUCGGUUUGGCACGUGCAAUCAGUAUUCCAGUUCGUAUUUAUACUCAUGAGAUUGUUACACUUUGGUAUCGUGCACCAGAGGUACUUCUUGGAUCAAAGACCUACUCGGUGCCAAUCGAUAUCUGGUCGGUUGGAUGUAUUUUUGGAGAGAUGUUAAAUAAGAAACCAUUGUUCUCUGGUGAUUGUGAGAUCGACCAAAUCUAUAGAAUAUUCAGAAUCCUCGGUACACCAACCGAAGAGAUCUGGCCAGGUGUCACCAGUUUACCCGAUUUCCUCAGUACCUUCCCGAAUUGGCCUGGACAACCACUCAACAAGACAUUCCCAAAUGUAGAACCAAAUGCAAUUGAUCUUUUGAACAGAAUGCUUCAAUAUGAACCAUCAAAGAGAAUCUCUGCAAAGGCAGCACUUCUCCAUCCAUAUUUCAGUGAUUUAGAUGUCAGUUCAUUCUAA